UGUUGCUCAAAGUAAUUUGUAUAUCCUGUGUAUAUUCCUGUACGAAAUAAGACGAGAUUAUGUCAUUCGAUUAACUCCCAAUUAUCUGAAGUGAGAGCGGAGCAGAAACAUUCUGUUAACUUGAUUGAGGGACUAAUCAAGGCAAUGGAAAUACUUACUCAAAUACUUAAAGCGGAACAGGAAAGACAAGGAAAUCUCGUAGAUGAUCUGGUUAAGGCAAUGGAUAUUCAGAAUCGUCAAGAGAAGUCUAUAGACGAUCUGGUUAAGGCAACAGAUAUUCAAAGUCUAAAGGCGGAACUGGAACAGCUGAAAAAAGACGGAGUUGAUAAAGAAUCGAAAAUUCACUUUCUUACAGCGGAGCUGGAGCGUCAGGGAAAAUUAAUAGGUGAUCUUAACAUGCAAUUAAAUAAUCAAUCUCUGAGAGAAGAGCAAAAUCGACUGGGAAAGCUGAUAAAGGAUGUUGUUCAGGAAUCGGAAAAACACAAUUUAUGGUUCAACACACACAAGUGUGCAGAGGCCAAGUUAAGUGGUGUCUAUGAGACGAUCGUCCCCAAUUUAAUUAGUCACCCUUUUAAAGUGGCCUGCGACGCAGAAACUCGAGGAGGAGGUUGGACAAUUAUCCUGAGGAGGAUGGAUGGAACUGUCGACUUCUAUCGCAACUGGGCUGCAUACAAAGAGGGAUUUGGAAAUCUUAAUGGCGAGUUCUUCUUGGGAUUGGAUAAAAUACACGCAUUGACGGAAGAAAGAAACCAGGAAUUACUUUUUGUCGUAGAGGACUUCGAGGGAAAUGAAAGAUUUGAGAUGUAUGACAGCUUUGCAAUCGGCGAUGAAGAUCAACAAUAUAUCCUACACACCCUGGGAAAUGCGAGUGGAACUGCGGGUGAUUCACUUGAUUGGCAUCGUGGCAUGAAAUUUAGCACCUACGAUCGAGAUAAUGAUAGUAAGAAAGACGUAAACUGCGCCGUAAGCAGGACUGGCGCCUGGUGGUACAAUGGGUGUCUCGACAGCGACUUGGCAGGGAGGUACAAUGAUAACAGAUGGGCCAAGGGCGUUAUUUGGAACACUUUUAAGGGUCAAGAGUACUCCCUCAAAAAAGCAGUCAUGAUGAUUCGGCCAACGAAGUAAAUUCUAUGACUCUAUAAUGUUUGAAAUCUGCU